AAGAAUCUUUGGUGCACUAGAGCUGCAUUCAAGGUCCACGAUAAUUCAACCGUUUACUGUUGUAAAUCUGUUCAAUGCGUUUGACUCGCUCGCUUCUCUGUGUUACGUUUCUAUCUGAAUGUGUGCUGAACGCAGCGCAAGUUCUUCCGUUUGGUCUCCCGUGUGCAUCCGGACAACCUUGGAUUUGUAUAUGAGUGUAGUUACACGACCAGUUUAUAAACUGUUUCCAUAACUGUGUUUUAAAGAGAUACUUGAUGGUCGAGUCAAACUAAAACAAGUACCGAAGUCGGUUAAAUAUCCACCCGUCCCCCUUUGGUACCACAUGUUCACAGAAACUUAAUAAUCCAUUACCAGCCUGUAACUCAAGUGUAAUGGAACCACUUUUCUAUGUGAUGUAUCCCAGCAGUGAAUCGUCCAUAUCACCACUGAAAUGUCUCUGCCAAAGAUCACACGUCUCCCCUCAGCGAGGCUGCUGAGCUCCAUCCACCACCACCAGCAGCUGUUCCUCCCCUCCAUCACUCCCCUCACUAUGCCCAGAAGGGCUGUGAUUCAGGGUGAAUACAGACGACCCGGCCAGCCCAAAGAAAACAAGUUUCCGUGGCAGAAGAUUAACUUUGAACUCUCAAAGGGUUUGGAGGGGAUAAAGAAGCAUUUCACACUGCUGAAAAAGGAAUUUUCUGACCGCUGGGUUGGUCCAGAAGGCAAACCAAUCCUUGAGCACAUGUUGGAGCAGAACAGAGUGAUAUGGGAGUUCAGAGGUCCAAAGAACCUGGAGCAGUGGACGGUGUCCUCAGAUCGUGAGAUCGGAGGCCAAAGUGAAGUUUACUUGAAGCUUGGCAAAAACAAUAACACCUGUUUUCUGUACGGGACUCUGAGCUCCACUCCUCCGAGGGAUGGAGAAACACGCUACAGUGGCUACUGCACCCUACGCUCAAAGCAACUACUGGCUUCAUUUGAUAGAAAAAAGCACUAUGAUUGGUCCAGUUUCAACACCCUGCAUUUGCGCGUGCGUGGCGAUGGCCGUCCAUGGAUGAUCAACAUUGCAACAGAAACAUACUUCUCUCACCAGAAAGAUGACAUAUACAGUUAUUUCCUGUAUACCAGGGGAGGACCCUACUGGCAAGAUGUCAAGAUCCCUUUCUCCAAGUUCUUCCUAACACAUCGUGGGAGGAUACAAGACGAUCAGCAUCCUCUCUGGCUGGACAAGAUAAAUACCAUUGGAUUUACCUUGGGGGAUAAGGCAGAUGGUCCAUUCCAGCUGGAGAUUGAUUACAUUGGCAUCUGCAAAGACUAUGCACACACUGAGGAGUUUGCCUAUGAGGUGUACAAGAAGAAUCCUGAAGUUUGAGAGCAACUACUACAAUACUGCAGACGAACUGUUAUUAAAUAAUAGCUGUAAUACUGAAACUACCACCUCCUUGUGGUGGACAAUUAAUCACACCCCAUCCUUCAUUCUUGGUAACACUUUUAGGACACUGUAGAUCAGGACUCUAGUACAUGUACUGUGAUACUUCACUGAGCCAUUUCCUACCUGCAGAAUUUGGCAAAAGCCCUGAAGUGUUUCUGAACAUAAAAAUAAGCAAAUGUGGUCAACUCAGGACUUGUUGAAGGAGAUAAAACACAGUUAGAGCGGACAUCUUACCUUUCAGUUACAGGAGUUUAACAGUCUUGCUGCUCUUUCACAACAAAAUCAAGUUGCUUAUCCUUUUCCAAGUCCUGCACGUGACAUGUCUUCCUCCAACAGAAUGUCAACCAACCAGAUCUUAAUUAACAAUAAAAAUAUUUUUCAUGUGAA